AUGGAAAAAGGUAGACUAUCAAUCGAUCAAACAGGACCAUCAGUUCCUAUUUCAUUAAACAAUUCACAAAAAAAGACAUCACACGAAGAAGAGUAUGAAGAACCAGAAUUUCUUAAUAGCUCACUAGAAGGUCCCUCAAUUAGAAAUCGAUCUACACAAUUACAAGAAAUUAUUAAUUCUCAAAAAUCAAUUGGAAGUGAAGAAAGAUAUAUACCAAAUAGGGACUAUUUGUUUUCUUAUUCUAAUGAUUAUACCAGUAUUGAAUCUUCUUUUACAUGGGAACAAAGAGCACGAGAAGCUAUGAAAGAAGUUCAACACUUGAAGGACAUGAAUCAAUUAUAUAAGAAGCAGAUGGAAGAACUUGUACAGCAAUAUGAGCGUCUACAUAAUAUUAGAUAUACUGAAACAGAAGCUGUUUUGGCUAACUAUAUAGAAGCAGCAAAAGCAAAAGAUGAAGCUUAUGCUUCUUUAAAAGAUUCUAUAUUAUCAAAAGAUUCUUCAGCAAUAUUGGAUUUUUUAGAAGAGCUGACAAAUAUCAAAGUAAUAAAUACUGAGAAAAAAAAUGAUGGAAUUAUGUAUAAAUGUGUCAUAUCGGGCAGGAAAGGAAGUAUUCAAUUCGACAUGUUCCUUGGAAAAGACAAAAAUGGACCAGUUAAUUAUUGUCCACAUAUAAAUGCUACUCGUAAUACUGAAUUAUUAGCCAUUUUACCUGAAUUUCUUAAAGAGGAAGUCGAGUUUGAAAGAGCUAAUUUAGCUACCUUUUUUUUAAGAUUAGCUAAUUUAUUAAAUUAA